AUGGGAGGCAAGAAGAACGCUGGUGAGAACACCAAGAAGGUGGCUGGCAACGCAAAGAAGGCCGAAGCUGCCGCCAAGAAGUCUGCGGUCGAAGCACAAAAGAAAGAAGCCGCUGAAGCUGCCGACUGGGACAGAGGCUCCAAGAACAACUCCAAGAAGGAGGCCGAGGCCGCCAAACGCGAGGAGCAAGCCCGAAAGAAGGCUGAGAAGGCUGCCCUGGAAGCCGAAGACGAGAAAAACGCCCCCAGCAAGGGUGGCCCGAAGAACGCAAAGACGGCGACCAAGAAGACUGGCCGCGGAACACUCGACCUGUCGCAACUCGACUCAGCCCUACCCACGCUCAACGCCUCUGGUAUCGACAACGCCCUUGACGCGCUCGGUGUCGCCGGAAAUUCCAAAGUCGACAUCGACCGGCAUCCGGAACGUCGUUUCAAGGCUGCAUUUGCCGCUUUCGAAGAGCGAAGACUUGAGGAAAUGGAGAAGGAUGGCAGUGGUGUUGGCCUACGUCUAAACCAGAAGAAGGAUAGAAUCCGCAAGGAGUUUGAAAAGUCCCCGGAAAACCCUUUCAACCAAGUUACCGCACAGUACAAUGCUACACGCGAAGGCUUGAGCGAUAUCCGCCAGAAGGAAUCCAGCAAGAUCGAGUCCAGACUCGGCUCGAAAUAG